GUAAUGUGGCUGCUGUUGAGGCAAAUGUCAACACAGAGAUGAGGAUCCUCCCGAUCAUCCACAGCGGUGAGUCCCAGAUUGUGGAGACUCAGCCGCAUGAAGGCUCUGCGCACGAGGAGGAGGCGGAGCCGCAGCCGAGCGCCCCGGCUUCACGUCCAGCAGGACCCUUUCGCGGGCUUAGAGAAAGCAUUCACCUUUGUGCGCCAGAAGGGGGGAAGUGUGCUGAUGCAAUGCAACUACUGCCUGCCGGUCAUCAAAAAUGUCAGCUCCGCCGUGAACUCAGCCACCAACUUGAGGAAACAUUUAGAGAAGGCACACCCUGAGAAACUGGGAACAUCUGAAAACGCAGGAAAGGGGAAGAAGCGUGGCUUUUUUGAAGAGCUGCUGGACGAUGAUGAUGAUCCGCCUUCGAUCAAAAUGUUGAAGCAACAGCAGCAACAGCAGGCCACUCUGGAGAGGUGGGGAUCGGGCAAGGAGCAGAUCACCCAGAAGAUUCUCGACCGGAAAAUCAUGGAUUUCAUUGUGGACGAAACUUUGCCUCUUCACACCGUAGACCGGCCGUCCUUCGUCGGGUUGGUCCGCCUCGGCCUCCCAAAGUGCCUGACCAUCAUGUGCUCCAAGACUCUGAGGGACAGCAUCGAGAAGAGAGCGGCCAGUAUGCAGGAAAGGCUCCUGCGGCGGCUGGGUGCCGUGGAACAUGUGGCAACCACCGCGGACUGCUGGACGUAUGGCAAGAGGCGUUUCCUGGGGGUCACAGCCCACUGGAUCAACCCAACGACGCUGGAGCGUGAGUUCGGGGCCUUGGCUUGUAAGCGCCUCAAAGGGCGCCCCACUUACGAGGUGCUUGCGAAAACCCUGUGCAAGGUUUACAAGAAGUACAAGAUCCACGGCAAAGUUGUGUGCACCACCACGGACAAUGGCUUCAACUUUGUGAAAGCGUUUCGGUUUUUCGAGACCAAAGAACCGGCCGAUGCUGCAGACAGCAGUGCAGAUGAUAACGUAGAAGAUGAAAGUGACAGUGACAGUGAUGAGGGUAAUGGUCAUCGCCAUGAUGAUGAGGAGUCCGACGAUGAGGAGAUGGAGGUGGAGUUUGUGCCCAUCUCCGAGAUGUUGAAUGGCAGCAACAAGGCAAAAGCAGAAGCGGGGGAUUCUGGGGAUUUCGGCUUACCCCCGCACCAGCGAUGCGCCAGCCACACCCUCAACCUGGUGGCCACCCAAGAGGUCCAAGCCAUGGUGACCAACUCCUCCCCAAAUAGUCCUCUGGCUCUUUUCAGAAAACACUUUUGCUCCUUGAUGGGAAAAUGCAGCAAGCUGUGGUCCAAGCAGGAGCAGUCGGAGCAGAUUGCAGAGUACAUCCACAAGCAGUACGGGGUGUAUCUGAUGGUGCCGGACAAGACCAGGUGGCACUCCACCUUUGAAGCCCUGAAGCAGCUCAGUGAGCUCCUCUCCAGCAUGCCGCUGAAGCUGGAUACCAUAAUGGACCAGUGUUCUCUGGCCAGGAUCACGACGGCCGAGGCUCUGGUCCUGCAGGAAUACACAGAGGUCAUGGGUCCCCUGGCUCAGGCCCUUGACAUCCUGCAGCAGGACAACGGCAUGUUCAUGGGGUACCUGCUCCCCACUCUGUACAACCUGGACCGCAAGCUCCAGGGCUUGGAGAAGGAACCCGCCAGGUACACAUAUUGCCUUCCCCUCUUGAAGGGGGUCCGCAAGGCGCUCCGGAAACGGUUUGCACAUAUUUGGGAGGACAAGAAGCUUCUGCUGGCGGCUUGCCUCCACCCUCGCUUCAAAGUCGACUGGUUGGAAUCGGCACAGAACUCCCAGACAAACAGGUGCAUGAUGGAAACCUUGUUGAAAGCCGAAAUCAGGGGCACAGUUGAGGAGGCCGGGGACAAGUCCUCGGAGAAGGACCCCGAAGGAGCCAGUUUGGAGGACGAGUUCUUCAACAUCCCUCCCCGGGAGAAGACCUCGGCCCAGGAGGACUCUGUGGAGGAGGAGGUGUCGCGGUACCUGCGGUCGCCCAGCAGGGAGGUCUCCUUGCUCCACGCCUUCCCUCGCGUCAUGCAGAGCUUCCUGCAAUACAACACGGGGAUGCCUUCGAGCGCCGCCAUCGAACAGCUCUUCAGCACUGGCGGUAAAGUCAUGACCGUCAAGAGACAUUCCUUGUCCGACGAGCUCUUUGAGCAGCUGGUGCUUCUAAGGCAGAACAGGGCGGUAUUUUAAAAGCAGGCUUUUAGGAUAUUAUAUAUUUUUUGUUUCUUUUUGAGUUUUAUUCUGUGCAUUGCUCUGGGGUAUUGCUACCAGGAGGGGGAGGGAGGGUGGGAGGGUCUGGGCAUAGUAUUAUGCCACUAUCUAUUAUUAAUCCUAUGGAUAAACUUGUUACUCAAUCCUCUGUGUGUGUCUAUUCA